AUGAGUUAAGGAGUUGGAAUAGUUAUUAAAAGCUAGCAUUUAAACCAGACAGCAAAGAACAUUCUUAAGGACAAUAAGGCUAGACUCAGGCUAAUUAUAGAACACACUUCUAAUGAAAGUAAACAAGCAGUUGAAAAAUCUGUCAGAAAGGAAGAAAGUGGAAACUACUAUGUUGAUUACAAUAAUAUAAGUUUAGCUAGAAAGGUGGGAGUUAUGAAGUCUUUUAUUAAGGACAGGCCAAAGUCAGCUUUUAGUCUUUAAUAGAAAUUCAACCCUUAAUAGAGACGCCUCAAAUUGCAAUAGAUCAAUAAUACCUCUCAAAGCAAAAAAAGAAACGUUGAUGAAUUCGAUGAGUAAAUUUCAAGUGCAAAGCGACCAAAUACUAGAGGAACAUCCUAGCCCUCUUAAAAAGGCAUAAGACCAGGCUCACUAAAUUAAAGCUAAAUAGACAUGAUGUACAUGACUUAGAAUUAGAACAUAACUAAGCUAAAUAACAAUGGUUUCAUAAAUAGUAAUCAUCAGUCGUCAUAAAAUAAUCUUAACAUGUUUACCAAACCUAGAAUUUCUAGUCAAAAUGAAAACUACUUUUCCCAAUAAAAUAGUAGCAGAGGUGGUUUUAUUGACAUAAGAAGACCAUCAUCCAACAUUCAAAGCUAGAGAGGGAGUAUUAUAUUUAUGAACGCUCCAAAUAUAAGCAAUCCUAAAUAGGUUUUUGGUUCAAGAGGUGUGAGCAAGACUAGACAAAGCAAUUAUUAAAUGUAUUCAAAUUCACCCUCAAUAGACGAUAGCAAAAGUAUAGAAUAAGUUAUAUCAGCUCUAUCAACUAAUAAUAGACCUACUCGAUAAUCAUCACCAAUAUAGAGUAAUAGACUAACAAAUAGAUAAUCGUAGUAUCCUUAGCAAUAGAUAAACUAGAGUGGGAACUCUAAUCCAUAAGGACAUAGAAAAAUUAAGAGUAUGCAGUCAAGCCUGAACAAUUUUUCAUUUCACAAUCCUCCCUAGAGAGAUAAUAGUUUAGAAUAUAUUGAUGAGUAUGGUCAAAGUCCAAAUUUGUCAGUAAAUAUUCAUAGCUAAUUCUAUGAUAACAAUCAUAACCAGCAAAUGCAAGAGCUCAUUAGAAGAAUAUUGAUGAAUAAGUAACGAAUGAAUUCAGCUAUCAUAGAUAUAGAUACAGUAGUAGACUCCAAGGAACCUACCUUAUUUGAAGAUGAAGUACAUAGAUUAUUCAAAGCAAAAUGUGAAGAUUUGCUUAUUCCAGCUUAUCAAACUUAGCUGUAGAGGUUUCAAGAACUCUGCAAGAGAGUAUCAAUUAACAGAGAGAUAAGAUUCCCUGAGAUGGGCCUUUCUUAAAAUUUUGCCUCUUCACUGAAGCAAAUUCUACUUGACCCUAAUAAUCAUCGCAUAUCCAAGAUUGAUUUGCAUAAGAAUAAUCUGGCUGAUCAUGGAGUUAAAAUACUAAUGAAGGCAAUGAAGCAAAACAAAACAGUUAUUCAUUUAGAUGUCUCAUCAAAUGAGAUUUGCAAUGAUGGCAUGAUAGCAAUAUUCAGAGCUCUUUAAAAAAAUGAGUCUAUUAUUUCUUUGAAUGUAUCAACAAGAGAUGGAAUCUCUAGAAAUAGGAUAUCAUCAACAGGUAUUUAAGAGCUCUCGAAAAUGCUAGUUGUUAAUAAAUUUAUUACCAUACUUGAUUUAUCUUCAAUUGGGCUUGGUAAUGAAGGCAUUAAUAAAAUAUGUGAUGCUUUUAUGGAUGAGUAAAAUCCUUGCUCCUUGCAAUCACUACAAUGUUAAAUGAGUGAAAUAAGCUAAUUUGAAGUAUUUGAGAAACUGAAGUUAGCGAUCACAAAAUCUUAGUUAAGAGAACUAGAUUUGAGUUAUAAUCACAUUGGAAAUAAGGGAAUAAGAUAAAUUGCAAUGGCUCUAGGUACUAAAAACUAUCUUGAAAAAUUGAAUGUGACAUCAUGUAAAUUCACCUUUAAAGGAGCAUAAUCACUCUUUUCAGUGCUAAGCAGAAAUAUCAAACUAAGGGAGCUUAUAGUAGAUCGAAAUUAUUUAGAAGGCAAGAGACUAAGAGUAUUGAGAGAAACUCUCAUGAAUAAUAACGGAUUACUUUAUUUAUCCAUGAAUCAAUGCUAACUAGAGGUAGAUGGAGCAUAUUUUAUUGCAUAAGGUCUUUUAAAGAAUAAAAAGUUGAAAACUAUUAGACUAUCCAAUAAUAACUUUGGCGAUGAGGAUAAGGGGGCAAUAAAUUUUGCUAGAGGACUCUCAAAGAAUCAAAGUCUAAUAACUUUGAGCCUUAAAUAAAAUCAAAUCCAGAGAGAUGGAGGUCUAGCUAUAAAAGAAGCAAUUAGCGAGCAUACUUCAUUACUAAAAGUAUUCCUAGAAAAUAAUGCAGUUAAUGUGAGAGAUGUAGAAGAGAUCAAUAAAUUUACUAAGAGAAAUAGGGAAAAGUUUGGUAGACAAAAAAUGCCAUAGUUUUAAAACGAACUCAGAUUUCUUGUGCUUAACAAUAAAUAAUAAGAACUAGAUGACACAUUCAAGCAAAUAGCAUUUGCCAAGUAAAACAAAGAGUAAAUACAUGAGAGAAUAGAGUAAUUAAAAGACAAUUUGGAGUAUGUGAAGACUUAAAAAGAUUAUAAACUUGAAGAGUAUCAAUUAAUAUCACUCGAAAUGUAAGAAUUCAUAAACUAAUUAGAGGUGGAAGUAAAGCAAAUGGAUACCAAACAGUAAUAGAAGCGACUUGAUCUAGAAAUCUAAGUGAAGAGGUAGGAUUAUGCAUUACGAGAUAUAGACCAAGAGAAUGCAGCAUUGAAAGAAGAGAUUCGAAAGUCUCUCAGGCUCGUAAGAAUAAAGAGAGGAUAUUUCUAAGAUGAAGUGGAUAAAGUUAAAGAGGAGUUAAAGAUAUAACUUUAAAAACUUGAGGUCAAUUCAAUGCUCUAAUCCAGCAAAUAAUUUGAACUCGAUAGGUUCAUAAAGCUACAGGAAGAUUAGAAUAAACAGCUUGAAUAGGAAUAACAGUAGAAAUAGAAUGAAGAGGAAUAAAAGCAUGCAGAAAAUGAAAAACAGCACAACGGGGGUAAAAAAGGAGGAGGAAAGAGUCCCUAGAAAAAACAAAGAAAACAAUCAGCAAACAACAAAAAUAGAAUAGGCAAUAAUAAUUAGGACUUACUGCCUUAGAAUACCACCAAUUUGAAUUUCUUAGAAGAUUAAGUGGCUGUAAUUGUGGAAUAGAAAGGUAAAAAAGCCAAAAGCAAGGAAAAAAAGUCUGGUAAAUGA